AUGGGUCGCCUAAGCAGAAAUUCAUCCAGGCUGGAGUCUGCAGAUGAAGAUGUUGGCCCCGAGGUCAAACGCGAAGAGUCGAUCGAUGAUGAGAUGCCGGAAGAGCCUAGCAACGCCCGCAUAGCUGCCAUCAAGCAAGAGGAAGCAGCCGGUCUGUCCGACUCACCUUCGAUGCCAGCCACAAAAAUCAAGUCCUCUCGUUCUUCGUCAACCUCGUCAUCGUCCUCAAAACGAUCUUCGGCCGCAGAUUUGAGUGCCAAGAACGAGCCUAGGGAGGCGGAUGGUCUCAACUCAACCUCCACCUCGCCUGUCAAGCCCGAACCCAAGGAAUCCUCAAAGCCCACCAGAUCAUCCCGAACAGCGUCUAAGCUUCCUCCCCGUAUCGCACCUCUCCUCAACCACCUUCCCGACGCCACAACUGAGGCCAGCUCUACAUUCACCGUACUCGAUGCCUGCACGUAUCAGAAUAAAUAUCUGGGCUUCAGCGAACAUGCUCUCGACUGCGACUGCGUGGAAGAAUGGGAUCCCUCCACCAAGCAAAAUCUCGCGUGCGGCGAGGACUCCGACUGCAUCAACCGUGCAUGUAAGAUGGAAUGUGCGAACGAUUGUAGCUGCGGUACAUCAUGCCAGAACCAGCGGUUCCUCCGUCGUCUCUGGGCAAGUGUCUCGGUCGUUCAGACAGACAAGAAAGGGUAUGGACUGCGGACGAACGUUGAUCUGCGGCCACAUGAUUUCAUCUUUGAAUAUAUCGGCGAGACGAUCCCUGAAGCCACCUUCCGGAAACGAAUGGUGCAAUAUGACCAAGAGGGCAUUAAACAUUUCUACUUUAUGUCCUUGAGUAGAGGCGAGUUCAUCGACGCUACAAAAAAGGGCAACCUUGGUCGCUUCUGCAACCACUCCUGCAAUCCGAAUUGUUACGUUGACAAAUGGGUUGUCGGCGACAAACUACGCAUGGGCAUUUUUGCCGAGCGGAGCAUCAAGGCUGGAGAAGAAUUGGUCUUCAAUUAUAAUGUCGACCGAUAUGGAGCGAAUCCGCAACCCUGCUACUGUGGUGAAUCCAACUGCACGGGUUUCAUCGGCGGUAAAACGCAGACCGAAAGAGCCACCAAGCUUUCUACCGCGGUCAUCGAAGCCCUUGGUAUUGAAGAUGCCGAAACAUGGGACACCAUGGUGGCCAGACGUCCUCGCAAGAAGAAGACGACUGAAGAUGACGAAGAAUACGUUGACAGCCUUGAAGCGAAAUCUUUGGACGUUGAUGGCGUGACGAAAGUUAUGGCCGCAUUGAUGCAAUGUAAGGAGAAGUGGAUCGCUGUCAAGCUGUUACAGCGCAUCCAGCGCUGUACGGAUGAUCAAGCAUGGCACAGAGUCGUCAGAUUUCACGGCUACCAAAUACUAAACUCACAAUUAUCCGCUUGGAGGGAUGAUGAGAACAUAAUCCUGCAGAUUCUCGAUAUCCUCGACCACCUACCUCGGCUAACGAGAAACAAAAUUGUCGACGCAAAAAUUGACAAAACGAUGCAACCCUUCACUGAGCACUCUGAUGAAAGAGUAGCAUCUCAAGCAUCGGAGCUGCUUGAUGCGUGGUCGAAGCUCGAAUUAGCCUACCGUAUACCGCGGAAGAAGCGAGAGGAUGCAUCGACUCCUGUCAAGAAAGAGACACCGUUCGAGAGACGGGAAUCAGCUCAACAACGGAAACGGUCGCAAUCCCCGUCGCCUUCACGCAGUCCUCCCCGAGGACCUGCGAGCAUUUCAGCGCCAUCCGGGCCCAGGUCAUUGCAGAGACCUGGAUCCUUCCUUCCUCGCCACGGUCCUUCCUUCAACCGUGGACCACCUCCGCUACCGAAGGGCUGGUUUGCGGCUCAAGACAAUGGCCGAACGUAUUACUAUUCGGCCAGUGGCCAAACGACUUGGACGAGACCUGUUCAUCCUCCUGAUCAACCUCCUCCUCCUCCGAAACAGCGCUCCGAACAAGACGUCCUCAAAAGCAUUAUUGACAACAUUGUUACAUCUCGGGAGAAAGAAACGAAGACUAGUACUCCUGACACACCGGAGCCCACGAAGGUCAAGAAGGAAGAGAAAUGGAAAUCGUAUGACGAAGAGAAGCAGAAGAAGUUGUACGAAAAUACACUCUUUCCUCACAUCUCACAUGCGAUGAGCAAGUACAAGCACAAGAUUCCCAAGGACGACCUCAAAAGGUUCGGCAAGGAGAUCUCCAAGAAGCUGGUUGCCUCAGACUACAAGGCCGGGCGGGUCAAGAAUCCCACAAAGAUCGACGAGCGGCAGCAGAAGAAGGUGAAGGAGUUCUGCAGACAGUUUUUUGAGAAGGCAUACCAAAAGCACAAAAAGCACGAAGCAGAGAAGGCGGCACGAGACAAGGGCAAGAAGACACCUGCAGCUCCAUCUCCAGCAGAGUCGCCGAACGCAGAUGGUGCAACGCCCGAGGACACAAAGAUGUCGGACGUCGAGGAUGAGGAGGAGAAUGUUGAAGCCUCACCCAAUGCUCAGUCACUGUCCGAGCGAACCGCCAACGGCACGCUGAAGCGCAAGCGUGUCGAGGACGAGGGAUUUUCGAUAGUACGCGACGAGAACGAUGCCGAGUCCGUGGAGUCGCCUUCGACGAAGGCCAAUCUUGAAGUCGACACGCCACCCCCUCCACCGCCCCCACCUGCACCUCCUGUCGAGACCCCACCAACAAGCACACCGCGAGAGGGCGAAGGUGCGGGUGAAGAGGACGUGGACAUGGACAUGGACACUGAUAUUCACGCCGACACGAAUUUCAAGGGGAGGAGCAUGGCGGAUGUCCUGGCACAGGCGCAGGCUGAAGAUGGCGAUGGCGAUGGCGACGGUGAAGGGGAUGUGGAAAUGAAGAAUGGCCUGGAAAAUCCGAUGGUUGACAAACAGCCGUUGAGUCAUCCGAGUGAUGUAGGUGGUGUUGGACGCCAGUGA